AUGAGCUCCGAAAAAGACUUGUCGUCUGACUUCCUCGCGGGCGAGCCACUUGACUCCACUGGCCAAGACACCACUCCCCUCGGCAACAAUGACGCCUCGCAGUCUUUGCUCGCCUCCGGCCCGGAGCCGCAGGAGGGAAGCCCAUAUAUGCUUGACGCUUGGGCGCAGGCUCCUGCCUCAUCGGAGCCAUGGUCACCAGCGAAAGCCGCCUACUCGUCCCAAACUUAG